GCGCUGACCGGAAGUAGGCGUACUCAGUCCAAGUCUCCUCCCAUAGCAACCGCGAGAGCGUGCCUGCAGUCCCUCGAGCGGAGACUGCGGGAGCGCACGUGAAGUCUCGCCAAUGCGGCACGCGCCAAAUGAGCGUCCGUGAGCCGGGAUAGAAGGGUCAGUCGCCGUCGCCAUGAACGACAAGUACCACCGGGCGGCUCGAGACGGCCACCUGCACCUGCUGAAGGAGGCGACGCGCAAAGACCUGAACGCGCCGGAUGAAGAUGGGAUGACGCCGACGCUCUGGGCCGCGCACCACGGCAACCUGGACGCGCUCAGACUGCUGGUGGCACGAGGAGGAGAUCCAGAUAAAUGUGAUAUUUGGGGAAACACUCCUCUUCACCUGGCAGCAGCUAAUGGCCAUCUCAACUGUCUGUCCUUUCUGGUGUCAUUUGGCACCAAUGUGUGGUGCUUGGACAAUGACUACCACACGCCACUGGACAUGGCAGCCUCUAGGAGCCACAUGGACUGUGUGCGAUAUCUGGACACUAUCGCUUCCAAGCAGAUCACCAUCAACCCCAAACUGGUGAGCAAGUUGAAGGACCGUGCCUUCCGUAAUGCCGAGAAACGCAUUAAGAACUGUGAAAAACUUCAGCGCAAGCAUCACGAGCGCAUGGAGAAGCAUUUCUUGAGAGAGAGUGCUGCAAUGGACACAUCGGAUACAAUGAGUUACAGCAGUUUCAGCAGCACCCUAAGUCGAAGGAUCCCUCAGUUCAACACCCUUGACUCCAACAUGACAUACUCGCAGGCAACGCUUCAGUCUACAACUAGAGGCCGGACAAAGAUUCAGCGGCGUCUUGAGAAGAAAAAGCAAGGUGACGGAACUUUCAAGAUAUCCGAAGAUGGGCGACGGAGCAUUCGCUCACUCUCUGGUCUUCAGCUGAGCAAUGAUGUCAUGUUCUUGAAGCAGGGAACAUAUGUUGAGCGACGCCAGCAGUCCAGCCCUCGGCUCAACAUCCGUAACAUGUUUUCUGGUAAACAGGACAUCAGGCCAGAUGAUGAUGAUGAUGAGGUUGACACCGUUUCUAGGGCACUCAGUGAUCCAGGUCUGUACGAUGCUGCAUACUCGGAAAUAAGUACAGAUUCGGGUAGGGACUCCUUGUUCAACCGCCCAGGACUCGGUACUAUGGUAUUCCGUCGGAAUUAUGUGACUGAUGGGUUGUUCCGAAUGGGUCGGAAUGAGGGGAGUGUGGCGGGUAGUGAACCAGUGGGACGGGUACCAAAUGUCCGCUUACGUGGGAGAUUGCCCCUACGAUCUCCUAGUCUUGAUGAAGUCAGCAUUGGCAGCUCAUUAAGUUUCCAAGAGAAGAACUUGCAGGAAUUGCCAUGGGAGGAAGGAGACCUGGGUUUGGAGGAAGAGGAUGACGAGUUUCAGCCAUCUUCUGCACCUUUAGAAGUGUUUCUGGCAUCUCAGGGACUGAGUGACUUCCUCUCUAUCUUCCAUCGAGAGCAAAUGGACCUGGAUGCAUUGCUGUUGUGCUCUGAGCAGGACCUCAUAAGCAUUCACAUUCCACUCGGACCUCGAAAAAAACUACUAGAUGCAUGCAGCAGACGCAACAAUGUUCUGGACGAAGCUGAUGGCAUGCAGGACACUAUGCUCUAAAUUGUGAAUGUCUGUCCAAAAUUGAAUGUGCGGUCUCGUUGCCUGCAUAAGGAGUUGUUUUUAAAGUAGCAUUCUAUUGAACUUUAUCCUCUUAAAGGGUUACUCCACCACAAAAUAAACGUUUUGUCAGUAAUCACUUACCCUCAUGUCCUUGCAAACCCGUAAGGGAUCCGUUCAUUUUUGAUGAAAACCAAGAGGCUUGUGACUGUUCCAUUGACUGCCAAACAAUUGCCACUGUCAAGGUGCAGAAAACUAUGAAAGGCAUCAUCUGAAUGCUCCAUCUUCCAUCAGUGGUUCAACUAUAAUAUUAUGAAGCAAAAAAAAUUUUUUGUUUGGCACAUAACGUCACUGUAGAUGGACAAAGCUUUUACAGGUUUGGAACGACAUCUGAGUAAGUGAUUAAUGCCAAAAUGUUCAUUUUGGGGCAGAGUAACCCUUGGAGUGCCUACAGUGGCAGCAACUCAACAAACAACAAAAAUAUUGCUUCUUAUGCAAGGUGCAUGGGAGAUUUGACACAGAUAAGUCUGCCAUACAUUUCUUCUCUCUAUUACAAGACUACCAGUAUUUCUCUCAUCUUGACUGCCAUCUUGGAUUUAUUUGUUUACUUUGAGCUUGUUGCAUUCUAACGUUGCUUUCACUGUAAAAAUAUGGCCAAAACAAUAUGUUUCCUAUAAAGCCCCAGUUGACCUGGUUUACUAAAUGUUUACCCCCAGUCUUAAGGUACCUUCCUAUUAUCACAAUGUCAGCUGCAUGUUAUGAGCAAUAUUUGUUUUUGUUAUUCCAAACAGAAUAAAAAAUAUUUGGUUUUGUAUUUUAACAUAUUUUGUUUCAUGCAAAAUAUGGUAACACUUUAGAUUUAAUUACCAGUUUUGACACUAUUCACUAAUAACUAGUUGUUUAUUAGCAUGCUUAUUGGCUGUAUGUUAGUACAUAUAAAGCACACUAAUGCAUGACCAUAUUCUAAAUCCUUUAACCCUGUCCAAUACCUAAACAUAACUACUACAACAACAAUGACCUUACUAUCAAUAAUAAGCAACAAAUUAGGAAAUUAUUGAGGGAAAACACUUAAUAGUGAAUGUGUUCCCUAAUGUACUACAGAGCAACUUGUUUUUCCUGUGUAAUGACUUUGCUUUUCUGCUGCAGGCGAUUGAGUCAUUUCAAUCAUAGCCAAAUAGCUUAAUUAACCGCUCGUUAAUUUUGAUUCAGCAAUCAAUUUUAACCCAGUCUGGUCAAUACCAACCCUACUUGUUUUCCUAAUCAAAUAUCCUGUUUCGCUUGCAUGCCAUUGUAGAAGAAAAACAGGUUGCACAGGGCAAUUCACGGUGUGUUUUUUUAAAAAAAUGCUUCCUAUGCUUGUGUCUGGAGCAGAGCCAUUGUGCGUGUUUGUGCAUGAGUGAGUGAUACGCCUGCCUCCUUGUGGCUGGGAGGAAAACUACAGCUCUACUGUGGUGCAUCUCGCUCUCUAGCCAGAAUAACUGUCUGCGUACAAAAAGAGAAUCAGAAAAUCAAGUCUUUUGCUGAAGGUUGCGGUAAUGAAUGCACAUGCAAAAAUUUACACAAACUUUUAAUCUGACCAGCUCUUUACCAUCUUGAAAGUUAUUGCAUUUUUAAUUUUAGAGUUCGAAUAGAGUAAUUUGGAGUAAUAAUUAGCAUUUUCAGCUUCACAAUAAGGAAAUGAGGCCUUUGUUAUUAUAUAUUUGCUAGUAGAGCAAAAAUCUAAAUAUCAACGCUUUAGUGUCCCACGUUGUCCCAGAUUACUCUAAUUCACUUUUUCAUUACGUAUAUGUAUCAUGGUGGGGAAUUAACAUGGUAAAUAAAUUCACACGUUUAUAAUUUCUGUAAUUUCAAGCAUUUAAGUAGAAUCAUUGAAAUCAAAAAGUCUGUAAGAUCAUAUAUUCAGGUCAGAGGUGUCCAUACUUUGCUUACUGUAUGUGCAAGCAUUGUCUGAUUUAUUUAUUUAUUUAUUUUUUUUGUGCGUGUAUUUAGUGAAGCUUUGGGCAGCAUCACUGUCCAGCCAAAACUCUUUUCAGUUAUAUAAAAAGUUCAAGUUUUCAUCUUUUGAAUGCUGAUGAUUAUAAUGAUCGUAUGCUGUGCUAACGGACCCCAGCUGUGAGAGUUUGGGUGUGUGAAAUGCCUUCAUAGGCCACCUGAUGUUUGUACAGUUUUAUUGAUGUAGGGUUCUGGGUAUGUUACCGACCGACUGCCGUCAAAGCUUCUCUCUCGGUGGGUGAGAUGUUUGUUCUGGAGCUGCUCAUUUAUGGGUGUGCGUGGCAGGUUUUAGAGACUGACAUGAAAGCUGAUAUAACUCUUGUUACUCUAUCUGUCUAUCCAUCACACUCCAUCUCCACACAGUUCAGUACAGUGCACACGACAGUAUGUGUGUUCAGUAUCUGUUUAGUGUCUUUUACUGGCUCUUAGUUCAGAAAAAAAUCAUUCAUGCACUCGAUCUUAAUUAUUCAUAAGAAAUGUGUUCUGCUUAUGUUAUUUUUGUUUUGUGUUAUGUUUCGUGAAGCGCAGUGUUUUGUUUUCCGUUCUAUGCUCUCUUCUCUCUUCUUUCGUGGUCUUGCAUGAAACCCUAAAUAUUAUCUUCACAUUUUAUGAAUACUCCUGACUAUGUCACGUCAUAUUUCUCCUUAGAAUCAAAAGAAAGAUUAUAUACACUUUUGAUUUAAGGGUGCAGUAUGACCCAAGACUCAUUUUCAGGAUUGCCAAAUGCCAAUGUUUUCAGUGACAAAUUGUGGAUAGUUGUUUUAAAAUGUUGAUUUAAUAAAUUAGUUAUUAUUA